UCCAAGUUCCAGGCAGCCAGGGAGAGUCGUUCCUGAGAGCACAUGCACCCCCGAAUGCCCAGUGUGCGCGGCGCAGAGCCUGGCACACGCGCGCACACACGCACACACGCGCGAGCUCACACUCGCACUCAUAUUCUCCCUAGAUGUGCGGGUCCAAACUUGCGGCCGCAGAGAGGAUGAGCUGAAAUGGACCGGUCUUCAUUGGUGCCUAUAGAGUGCUCCACGCGGCUUCCCUGGAGAUCCCGGGGGUGGGGGGCGGUAGGGAAAGAAGAAUACCACACCGGUUUAGAGUUGUCUCCCCCUUUUCUGAGAAGAUCUGCGCGAAACCCAGGGUGCCCGGAGCCUUUGGAAUAUGCCUGCUGAGCGGAGCAGAAGGAGCGUUCUUGGAGAGGUCCCGAACUUGGGCCACCGGCCUCGCUUGGCAACUUGCUUUGCGCAGUUCUCAAUGGAGCCCUGGACCCACCGUGUUCCUGGCCGGUUGGCUUCUUUUUUCCCUCCGUUUCCCUCUCUCUUUUUUAAACGUACCAACUUGAAAUGAAGCGGAGAGCAGAUCCGCGCUUCAGCACACUUUGGCGGCCAGCUGCCGUCCCUUCACACUUAGCAGUGGGAGCAAAGGCCCGGCUUUGCUGACUCUGAGAAGCAGUGCAGACUCCUGGGAGCAGAUGAGCAAUGACCCAGCAGAAGGCAGCGAGGAGUCCUGCAAUGCAGCAGGUUUGACAGAUGAAAAAGUGAAGGCAUAUCUUUCUCUUCAUCCCCAGGUGUUAGACGAAUUUGUAUCUGAAAGUGUUAGUGCAGAGACUGUAGAAAAAUGGCUGAAGAGGAAAAACAACAAACCAGAAGAUGAAUCGGCUCCUAAGGAAGUCAGCAGGUACCAAGACACGAAUAUGCAGGGAGUUGUGUAUGAACUAAACAGCUACAUAGAACAACGGUUGGAUACAGGAGGAGACAACCAGCUACUGCUCUAUGAAUUGAGUAGCAUCAUUAAAAUAGCCACAAAAGCUGAUGGAUUUGCACUGUAUUUCCUUGGAGAGUGCAAUAAUAGUCUGUGCGUGUUCACUCCACCUGGAAUCAAGGAAGGAAAACCCCGGCUCAUCCCUGCUGGGCCCAUUGCCCAGGGCACCACCAUUUCUGCCUAUGUGGCCAAGUCCAGAAAAACGUUGCUAGUGGAAGACAUCCUUGGGGAUGAACGAUUUCCAAGAGGUACUGGACUGGAGUCAGGGACUCGCAUCCAGUCUGUUCUUUGUUUACCAAUUGUCACUGCAAUUGGUGACUUGAUUGGUAUCCUCGAGCUGUAUCGGCACUGGGGCAAAGAAGCCUUCUGUAUGAGUCAUCAGGAGGUUGCAACAGCAAAUCUCGCCUGGGCUUCAGUAGCAAUACAUCAGGUGCAGGUAUGCAGAGGCCUUGCUAAACAGACUGAAUUGAAUGACUUCCUACUUGAUGUAUCAAAGACAUAUUUUGAUAACAUAGUCGCAAUAGACUCUCUACUUGAACACAUAAUGAUAUAUGCAAAAAAUCUGGUGAAUGCCGAUCGUUGUGCACUUUUCCAGGUAGACCAUAAGAACAAGGAGUUAUAUUCAGACCUUUUUGAUAUUGGAGAGGAAAAGGAAGGAAAACCCAUCUUCAAGAAGACCAAAGAAAUAAGAUUUUCCAUCGAGAAAGGAAUUGCUGGUCAGGUAGCAAGAACAGGGGAAGUCCUGAACAUUCCAGAUGCCUAUGCAGACCCACGCUUUAACAGGGAAGUGGACCUGUACACAGGCUACACCACCCGGAAUAUCCUGUGCAUGCCCAUCGUGAGCCGGGGAAGCGUGAUCGGCGUGGUGCAGAUGGUGAACAAAAUAAGCGGCAGUGCCUUCUCGAAAACGGACGAAAACAACUUCAAGAUGUUUGCCGUCUUCUGUGCUUUAGCCUUACACUGUGCCAAUAUGUAUCACCGAAUCCGUCAUUCCGAGUGCAUUUACCGGGUGACUAUGGAGAAGCUUUCCUACCAUAGCAUCUGUACGGCAGAGGAGUGGCAGAGCCUCAUGCGCUUCAACCUCCCCGUGCGCCUCUGCAAAGAAAUUGAAUUAUUCCACUUUGACAUUGGUCCUUUUGAAAACAUGUGGCCUGGAAUCUUUGUCUACAUGGUCCAUCGGUCCUGUGGGACAUCCUGCUUUGAGCUUGAAAAGUUGUGUCGUUUUAUUAUGUCUGUGAAGAAAAACUAUCGGCGGGUUCCUUAUCACAACUGGAAACACGCUGUCACUGUGGCUCACUGCAUGUACGCCAUUCUCCAGAACAACCACGGGCUCUUCACCGACCUUGAGCGCAAAGGACUGCUAAUCGCGUGUCUGUGUCAUGACCUGGACCACAGGGGUUUCAGUAACAGCUACCUGCAGAAAUUCGAUCACCCUCUGGCAGCUCUCUAUUCCACUUCUACCAUGGAGCAGCAUCACUUCUCCCAGACAGUGUCCAUCCUCCAGUUGGAAGGGCACAAUAUCUUCUCCACCCUGAGCUCCAGUGAAUAUGAACAGGUGCUCGAGAUCAUCCGCAAAGCUAUCAUUGCCACAGACCUUGCUCUGUACUUUGGAAACAGGAAACAAUUGGAGGAGAUGUACCAGACCGGAUCGCUAAACCUUAAUAAUCAAUCACAUAGAGAUCGUGUCAUUGGUUUGAUGAUGACUGCCUGUGAUCUUUGUUCUGUAACAAAGCUGUGGCCGGUUACAAAAUUGACAGCAAAUGAUAUAUAUGCAGAGUUCUGGGCUGAGGGCGAUGAGAUGAAAAAGUUGGGAAUACAACCUAUUCCCAUGAUGGACAGAGACAAGAAGGACGAGGUCCCACAAGGCCAGCUGGGGUUCUACAACGCCGUGGCCAUCCCCUGCUACACCACCCUCACCCAGAUCUUCCCGCCCACCGAGCCUCUCCUCAAAGCGUGCAGGAAUAACCUCAGCCAGUGGGAGAAGGUGAUCCGAGGGGAGGAGAGUGCGGUGUGGAUCUCAUCCCAGCCAGGGGCCCACGGGCCCUCGGAGAAGCUGCCUGUGAAGAUCGAUGACUGACGGCCACUCGAUGAGCUGUCCCACCUAGACACGCUCGUCCUGCUUCUUUGACUUUUCUUCCUUUUAUUUUCACGGGGGGAAACCUACACCUGGUAACUAGGACACAAGCCUCUCGAAGAAGGUAACAUCAAGGAAACACGUCAAGCCGACGACUCCCCACCAGUCUCCUCUGUGACGCGUCAGAGACAGUGAUCAACCAGGACCACCCCGUGGCCAGAAAUCAGCCGUCCGAGGGACUCCAGUUGUCUUGUGAACUGGCCUUUUUUAACAGGCUCACGUUGCUGAGGCCUUAGUGGGAAUGGACAAGAAUUAUUCAGAAGGGGGUACUUUUCCAUUGUAUCUUUCUAGUGAGGGGUUAAAAUGGUACUAUUAUGAUAUUGUACUUUGGCUUUAACACCAAUGUUGCUUUGAUGUUGUUGGUUAUAAAUAGGAAUUUUUACACAUUACUAUUGUGAAUGUUCGUGUGUGACCUACUCGUAAUUAGCGUGAACUGUAGCACGGCCUCAGGACGAGUGUCAUCGAGGUGACAGUAAGAGGUGUCUUUCUGCAAUCAGUGAUGGAGAAUAGAUUCUUGUCUCAGAGCCUCAUGAAUUAAAAGUUAGGUGGACGAAAAGUGUAUUCUCUAAGUUUAUACUAAAGGGCUUGGGUGAAUAGAUCUAACACUAAAGGAGGUAGACUUUGUAUCCUCUUGAGAAGAGAUGCAGAUAUACAUCAGAAUAAAUCUCAAAAUUCCAAGUAUCAAUUCAAAAAAUGUCAAAGAAUAUUUUUUAUUUUUUUUCUUCAUUGUAGGCAAAUUUGUAAACACUUUGCGUAAAGAACAAACAAAAGCAAGGCAUAUGAAUUUUUCUUAACAGACAGGUCUUAUGGGAUGUCAAAUGUGAAUUUUAAUAAUGAUUUCUUUAUAUUUUCACUUGGUGUCAUUGCAAAAUUUUAGACUCACAUUCAAAAUGAGAGGUUUAUUCUACGGAUUAUUUAAUUAAAAUACCAUACAUUUCUCUUAAAAUCAAAUUAAACCAUAAAAUUUAAGUCUUGUGUAAUUUUUACUUUGCUCUGCUGCACCCAUCCCCCAGUUUGCCCCCUGCUUUGAGCUCCUCGGUCACAUUUCCUUAAGCACUCUGUCCACGACAGGAAGUAGGAGAGCACAGUGCGAACGCAUCGCGGUGCGUUUUUAUUCUCUCUCCUCUGCUCCAGUAUCAAGCAUCUAUAUCCAAACCUGUAGUUUGGACAGUCUUCUGUAUAAUUUUUAGUAGACUAAUAUUACUGUACCAUAUAAGUGUUGCGAAAAAAUACACAAAAGUAGUAGUCUGGACCCCUUCCUACAAGGAUUAUAAGCCAGUCACUUCUGGUGCACAUUAGAGCUGUCGAGAUUUUUAGCACAAUGGCGAGGUCACCUCCAGAGCUGUGGUUAGUCCUGACCUGAAGGAAUGAGAGAACUAGAGUCUCAAGAAGUGAUCAGCAGAUCCAUAACAGACAGCUUAUCUGCUAUUCACUUGGCAGGAAACUAGAAUAUUACUUUUGAUAAAAUAAAUUUUUAAAAUAUUCUUUUACAUAUUCAAUACUGUACACAUUGUUAUUCAUAUGGUUUUUUGCAAAAAAGAAAUCAGAUGUUCCUACAACAUGAUUUAAGUUGUAGCAGAGUUAGCUAUAUAGAAACAUUGUUCUUAUUUUAAAAUUAACACUAUGUGUUCAAUUUCCCUGUGGGCUUCUGAAAGUUGCCAUCUUCCCUCCCUGGCACUCCAUUUGCUAUUGUAAUUAUACAAUAUGAGGUAAAAUGAAAUAUCUAAAGAGAGAAAUACCACUGUGGCUAGACAUACAUAGUACAAAAGUACGUAUGUAUAAGGGAUAGUGAUGCAAACACAUCUAUAGAAAGUAAAAAUCGGCCUCAUUCUUCAAAACCUGAUUUUUUGUGUGUUGGAAAAUGUGAGCAGAAAAUGUCCUUUUUCAUGUUAGUGCAUUUAUAGAAUUGAAUUCUAAAAUGUUGCAUGUUUUUCUGCACUCAGAUUUAUGAAACUGGACCCACCAAAUCGAACUUCAAUUCCAAGAGUUGGUAGUCGUGUAAUGGAACUCCACUGAAUCGCAAGGUGGUUGGGAGGAAAUACCCCUGGCGAUUGUUUAGUUAAAAGGAUCUUAAAAGGAUGCAUGAAUUUUGCUUUUUGAUAUAGAAAAGAGUCCUGAAGGGAGGGAAUCUUAUGGCUAUUUUUGCUUUUUAAGGUUGCUUUUCUAAAAUUACUACAGAAAAUUCUAUUUCGAUAGAGCCAGAUUUCUUAUAUUAUUGACAUUGUACUUUGAACAGUUUUCCAAAGAACCAUAUGUGGGUUUAUUGGUUAGUUGAUUUCUCUUGAAAUAUUGUCAUAAUCAAAGCAAAGUUUGAACAAAGGAAGGACUGUAUUCUAAUGUGAACUGUUAGUAUUCUUAAGAUCUACUUAGGAAUCAUACAUUUACCUAAAAUGGGCCCAAGAUGCAGUGAUAUUUAGUCAAUAAUCUGCUUUGGGAAAAAAUGCAGUUAGGAGUAUUUUUAUAUUGGGGCAGAUAUACUUAGCAGACAAACUUUUGAGCUCUGUUCUCAUCUUUCUCCCAGAUCUUUUCUUGAAAGGGCAGAUGGUUUUUAUUACCAAAAGUUUUAACAAGUUUCUCAUUAAGGCAGUAUUUUAGAUUGGGCCAAAAUUUCCCUGUUCAGUAUAAAUUUGGUAGCCAGCUGUGAGUAUAUGUAGAAUGUUUGAUUUGUGGAAGUUUUUAUUGGUUGUGCUGAUUUAUAAUGGACAAAGUUUUAUUGUCAAAUGCAGUUAUUCCAUUAUCUUCCCAGAGACAGUGAAUAUAUUUUUUAACUAGAAAUUUUCUUGGAAAUGCAUGCCAACAACAUGAAAUAUUGAAUUUAGGCAGCGGAAUAAAACUCUAAAAAUUGCAAGCAUCUUAUUAAUUAAUAGUUGACUUUGAUUUAGUUAAUUAGGAAAACUUAAAUAAAAUGGAUGUGGAAAGUAAUUCUCAAAAACGGCCCUUUUCCUGGGGCCAGGAUUGAGAUCCACUUCCCAGCUCUCACUAUCUCUACGGGGCUCGUCAGAAACCGGUCAUGGAAGAGAGACCAAGUGGAAUUACUUAGCACAGCCGUCCCCAUCCUGGACUCUUACUCAGUGGGAAGGCAUCUGCGCAGUUGAUACGGUACCACUGGAGGUGACUUGUUCUCACAGCGACACAAACAGAACAACUUUGAAACUGAAUUUGUUCAGUGUAGGUUUCCUCUUCUUAGCAUGCUUUUUAGAUAGCUUUAGAUUCUUUUUAAUUUUGUACAACCUCAGUGACUUUGCUUUAUUGGUAUGUUCAGGCACACUAGAUAUGUUUGUACAUGAUACACAUAGAUGCAUAAAUCCUUAGCCACCUGGAUUUUUAAAUAGAUUUAGUUUGGAUAUUAUGUUUCUGGUCUUUUAUCUCAAAAUUAAGGUUUGAGCUUUAAUCAGACUAAAUUAUCACCAUGCCUUGGCCUGUGCCUUUAUUUUAAAUACUGUAAUUUUACUUCCUUGUUCAUAUAUUUAUUAUUUUGCCUUUCUUGCUUAACUAGAAUUAAAAACAUUUAAAGGGACAUGUCCAUGGUUAAUUGGAUCAAAUUGAAAGGAUAGGACCAUUCUCUCCUCAUCAGACUUCUAUCCUUUAUUUGAUGUCAUUCACACAUGCCCUGAUGACUAUAACCGAUGAAGUGUACAGAUGCAGUCUUUUUUGCAAGAACUUCCAAGAACUGUGGCACAGUUAUGGUGGGUAUGAUUUUGUUGGGUUUCAGGUACAUAUGCAUGAUUUAGAUUUUGAAAAUCACUUCUAACCUUUAUCUAUUUCAGACAUGUGUUUGCUUUCUACACUUUACUGAUUUUAUUUAGGGUUUAAUUCUUUAAAGACUUAUUUAGUCACAUUAACGUAUCCCUUUUAUUGCCUGACUUUAAAAUCUCUGUAAAAUGUAAAUUAACCGAGUAUGCUGUUGCUUCUUGCCCCCCUCCCCCUCCCCUGCUUGUCAGCAGCGCAUGGCUGUUCUAUUUUACCUUUGCCCAAGUAUCUACCCUGAUACACAUUCUGCCCAUUUCUUUAGGCACUUAAUCUUAAGUUUAAAUUAGUGAUUCCCAAUGCAGUACUAUACCCUGUCUGUUUUUUGUCUUUUUUUGUACUGGAUAUUUUGGUUGUCUGAAGCAUUAGAUGCAUUUCUGUGAUGGUAAAAAUAGCAAAAAGGAGAGAAGUUUCAGUGGUGUUCUGGUUCUAAAUUAAAAGGGUGGGAUGAAGAGAAAGACAUUAAUGUUUCCCAAGAAACAAUAUUUCAAAUUCAAAGAAACAUUACUGUCUUCACUCACUUGCUGGGUUCCCCCCACCGCCGACCCCACUAUGCCUCAUGCAUAGUUGGACCUCGCUUUACAGCGAGUAUGAGCAAUUGGUAACCGAACGUGUGCAGACCCUCUGCUGGGGGGCGGGGAGGGGGCGGCGGCGUGGGUCAGUGUCGUCCAAGGACCUGACCUGCAAGUUAAGAUCUGAAUCCAGUGUGUCAAGUAGAGAAGUCAGUUUACACAUGUCAGGUGUCAGCUGAUAAUUUUGAGGUACUAUGUAUUUGCAGAAGUGUAAAUGGAAAAUUUUUAUUCCUACUGCAAAUGAAGGUUGCAAAGUGUAUCAUCUGAUCCUCCAGCUCACCUGGAAUACUAUUAGACCAUGGGUGUUGCAGCUUUUGUUUUUCCUUUAGCCACUUGAAUAAUACCCAGUCCUGGGCCAUCUCUCCAACAGCCAGUGUAAAUGCCAUAGAGGAGUAUUAUUUCCCAUAGAUCUAUUGUAUGGUGUAUGUUCUAUGCAUGCCUUUGGUGUGCACACUGAAAGUUCAACAGAUUGAUCUGGAGAAGGUAUUUCUAUACAAUGCCCCGACCUAUUCACCAGACCCAACCCAGUGACCCAUGUGAAAAAAUGUGCUCGCCCAAACACUGUGAAAUUUACCAAAAUUUAUAGAUAUGCAGCAUCUUGAAUCUUUCUGAAAAGAAAAGGCGGCUUUCUUUACAAGUCCAUAGGAACAAAGGAGAUCCUAUAUCCCUACCUAGUUAAGGUACCCACAAGUUUGCCGGUGGUGAUCGUGCUGACCCCAUACUGCCAAGGUGUAAGAUGGGUUAUAAGCUGUCCAAAACGCAAUGCACUUAAUGGACCGAUUUGCAGAGUUGAUGGAUCUGUGUCCAAAGUUUUAGUGGGCUCUCUUUUGGAAGGAGAAAGAAUUUCAAGUAAAUAAUAUCCGACUUUAUUAUAGUUGAUGAGUUAGCAAACUUAAAACAAUUAUUUUAUAUGUAUGACAUAUAAAAAUCUUUGUAAAAUGCACAAGUGCAAUAAUUUAAAGAGGUCUUAACUUUGCAUUUAUAAAUUAUAAAUACUGUACAUGUGUGUAAUUUUUCAUGUAUUCAUUUGCAGUCUUUGUAUUUAAAAGAAGCCUUUACCAUUAUGUUUGUAUAAUAGAACAGUAAUCAUUUAUUAUAACCGAGGCAACUUGUAAAUAAAUUCAUAAUUCAAACUGCCAGUAGAUAUGCAUAUAUGGGUGUUAUGCUGCAAAAUCUAGCUUUGUUUUACUUACAUGCUUCGGGCAGCCAGGAAUUUUUUGUCGAUAUGUAACUAUACAUACAAAGUAUAUAUAUGUAUGAUACAUGAAAUAUAUGUAGAGAUGUUCAUAAUUUUAAUGGAUAUCCUUUGGUGUGAAUAACUGAAUACAGAGUUUUUAAAAUAUCAUUUUUCACGUUUAUCAUUUGCUCUCAUUUGCGGGGAAGGUAAGAGAUGUUUUGUCUGUUGAGGAGGAGGUGCAGCGGCGCUGUCAAACUGUCUGCAUGCACGCCGGGCCCUGUCCGCGUGGAAGCGCCCAAGUUCACGGUGGCUUGAUGUGGUGGGUCUGCUUCAGCCAUUUCCAAGCAGAGAGGACGAGACGACCUACGAUGUUAAAUUGUGUAACACGAUUUAUUAACUCCACUGUAUAAUUUUAAAGGUUUGGAGACUAUGUGGGAGAAGCUGGUCUUUUAGAACGAGUGCUUCAGAUUCCAAAGCUAGUGGCUUGGAGUGCUGACUCUGGGACUCCUGAAAUAGCUCCCCUGGCCUCCAGGGGCCCCCCGGAACCAUCCAGAUUCACUUGGCCAAGAGCAGGAAGGACUCCGGUUGUAUGCAUGCUUAUGUGUGUAAGCCUUGGGAUUCUCUCUGUUACAGUAAAGAAAACGUUCUGGGUUAAACCUCACAUCACCUGUGUUCCACGAUAAGUAUACUCGUGGCUUUAUCUGGACAACUCAGCUUAAAGAAAUUGUGUUUAUGUGGCUAUCCCUGCUUACCAUCACGUGGUAAAUAUUUAAGACCAAAAAGUCAGAAGUUCAUUUGCAUCCACAGACCCUCCCUCACCAUAAACGUAUUAGAACUAAAUUUGGGAGUAAACAAAGUAAAAGUUUCCUGGAAUAAAGACCUGUUACAUUGUUAAAUAAGAGAGUCCACAGUCUUGUUAAUUAGACAGAAGCAUAGACUGCCCCUAAAAUGGAAUUCUCCUGCAGCACCAACCCUCACUAAUGGAAAGCCCUCAGAGUGCAUAGCACUGUAUGUGUUGUAGACAGGAUUUUUGUUAAAGUAUUCAUUUCCUGUGAAACCGAAUAAAAUGUUGACUGUGCUAAAACGAAUUUCAUGAAUUAAUAUAUCCAUAAACUUAUUUGGCAACUCAUGUUGCAGAUUGGUACGCUGUAGAGACGAUCUUAAUUUGAAUCCUUAAUUAUGUACAUGUUUGAUUUUUCCAUCAACCCUCUGUAACUCGAGAGCUUUGAGGAGAGGGACAUUUCCCCAUCGUAUCUACGUCCCGAAGCAAAAGGAACCCUGAAAAGCAAUACGUAUCGAGCCAACAUGCGUUCAGUAUGCCCACUGGGCACCUGAUGUGUGGAAGGUGGAAGGAGGGAAUUAGGAGCAGAAGGCGGGACACGACAUUUCCGUGGGUUUGGGAUCGACUGCGUCAUCUCCUGGAAGCCUUCACAGCUUCGCCGUCACUUCCUGUGCACCAGCCCUGCACUUACUGUCUGCACCGUCAUAGUUCCAGAGAGAUGGAGCCACACAUCGGUACACCUGAAAAUCUCACACAUUUAACAAGACGAUUCUUAAAUA